AUGAAGACUCUGCUCGUAUUUGCCCUGAUCGCCAUCGUGGCCGCUGCCCCCAACCAGAACGCCAAGACGCUGCGGUACGAGAACGUGCAGGAUGGUGAUUCUAGCUACAAGUUUGCGUUCGAGUCUGACGAUGGCAUUUCGCGCCAGGAGCAGGGUGAGCUGAAGACCGAAGAGGAGGGCAUGAACGUGCAGGGUAACUUCAAGUUCGUCGCCGAUGAUGGUCAGGAGUAUGUGGUGCAAUACGUGGCCGACAGCCAGGGCUUCCACCCGGAGGGUGACCACAUCCCGAAGGAGUACGUCGAGAAUGUACCCAGCCUUUAA